AUGUCGUUCUCCCUUGCUCAUUUGACUAGGCUCUUAAAGCUCUCCGCCGAUACCAAAAACAUCAGAACCGGUAGAAUGAUCCACGCCCAUCUAGUCGUCAUGAAUCACACCGUUGGUAAGAACUCUGUGGAGGCCAACUCAUUGAUUAAUUUCUACUCAAAAUGUGGCGAUUUAUGGGAUGCUCGCAACCUGUUCGAUGGUUUGACUGAAAGAAACGCUGGGUAUUUGCAGUAUGGGAUGCCACUAGAAGUGAUUGGGUUGUUUAAACACAUGGUGUCCGAGUCUCGGAUUAGGCCGAACGAGUACGUUUUCGCUACUGUUGUUUCAUCCUGUUCUGCCUGUCGAAGAGUUGAGGUGGGUAUGCAAUGCCAUGUUCAUGUGUUGAAGCUGGGAUUGGUUUUCCAUGAUUACGUCCGAGACGGUCUGGUGGACAUGUAUUCCAAGUGCCUUCGCAUUGAUGAAGCAGUUCGGCUAUGGAAUUCGGUACCAGGAAAUUAUACUUAUUCCUAUCAGUUGAUUUUAAAUGGACUAGUUGAACAUGGGUAUGCAGAGCAAGGUUUGGAGAUUUUGAGGAAGAUGAUUGAUGAAGAUUUCGAAUGGGACGGUACUACUUGGGUCAGUGUUUUUGCGCUUUUGGCUUGUCUUAGAGAUUUGAGAUUGGCUAGGCAAGCCCAUGGAAAGUUGAUUACGAGUAAUCUUGAGUGUGAUAUGUAUGUCAAUAGUGCCCUCAUCAACAUGUAUGGCAAAUGUGGGAACCCUUUGAAUGCUAGGAGAGUUUUUGAUGGGUUGCAAGAUCGCAAUGUUGUGUUAUGGACAUCCAUCAUGGCUGCCUAUUCCCAGAAUGAGUUUUUUGAGGAGGCAUUGAAUUUGUUGCCUGCCAUGGAACUCGAUGAUGUUCGGCCAAACGAGUUUACUUUUGCUAUAUCCAUGAAUGCUAGUGCUGGAUUGUCUACAUUGAGGCACGGGUACCUUUUACAUGCACGUGCUAUGAAGGCUGGUUUUAAUGAUCAUGCUAUUGUUGGAAAUGGGUUGAUCAAUAUGUACACCAAAAGUGGAAACAUAGGAGCUGCAAGUCGUAUAUUUUCAGGCAUGAAAUGUCGCAACAUCAUCUCAUGGAAUGCAAUGAUAUGUGGCUUUUCGCAUCAUGGACUUGGAAAGGAAGCCCUUCUAGCAUUUGAGGACAUGUUGGCUGAAGCAGUCCAUCCUAACUAUGUUACUUUCAUCGGGGUUCUCUCUGCCUGUACUCAUUUAGGUCUGGUGGACAAAGGUUUCUACUACUUUAACUACCUAAUGGGACAGAUGGGCAUAGAGCCUGGAUUAGAACAUUACACCUGCAUGAUUGGCCUUCUAGGAAAAACUGGAAAACUGGAUGAGGCCAAGAAUUUUAUGAUGAUGUCCAGUAUGGUAACAUGGGAUGUUGUUGCAUGGCGUACUUUGCUCAAUGCUUGUCAUCUUCACAAGAAUUACAAUUUAGAAGAGCAGGUCGCCAAAUCCAUUCUCGAGAUGGACCCUCAUGACAUGGGCUCAUAUACAAUGCUCUCUAAUACAUAUGCCAGGGAAAAGAGAUGGGAUGUAGUUGCCAAGAUCCGGAAGUUGAUGAAUGACAGAAACAUAAAGAAGGAGCCCGGGGCGAGCUGGAUAGAGAUACAAAAUGUGACUCAUGUCUUUGUCUCAAAUGACAAAAAACAUCCAGAAAUUCUUGAGAAGGUAAAGGAGCUUAUUGCAUUGAUCAAGCCAUCGGGACAUGUUCCAGAUUUUGAUUGUUCGGCACGAUGUCCAGGAUUAGCAGAAGGAAGAAUACCUUCGCAAUCACAGUGA